AUGCAGUUUUCGAGUUCCAGCCAACCAGACGAACUCCAGACUGCUUUACACACGAUCCAAACCCAUCUCGACCACCUGCAUUUACUCCGUACCCGCAAUGCAGAGCUCACCGAGGAAGUCAAAGCGCUAAAGGAACGAGCCAAUUCCGGGGAGGAGACGAGCUGGGAACUGAAGGAAUACAACGAAAAUCUCGAAGCGCAGGUUGAAGAGCUGAAGGCUGAACGUGAUGGGCUUCACGAAAAGCUGCGGAAGAUCAGACGUCUUUCUGGUAUCGCUAUGAUGGUGGACUCUGACGCUUGA